AAUCAUCAAAGCUAUUUUCCCACUACUCGCCGUACCAUACCUAUCUCGAUUUCGCAUCUUUUACUAUAUAAGGACUGUCCGCACAGUUUUGAGCCUCCUUGCAGCGUCUUCAACGUCUAAAAAAUGCGCUCUCUCGUCGUGCUAGCCGCUUUGGCCGUUACUGUUUGCUUCGCACAGGACAAUUGUUAUAUUAAUGAGGGAGGCUUCACAUGCUGCAACAAGGAGCUCGAGUCCGUCAUGAAAAGCUCGUUGGGAGGAAGUGACCUUGUCGGAUCUGCCGGGGACAUUCAAAAGGGAGCAGAAGGGUCGUUGGGUGGAAAGUUCGAGACCGUCGUUGCCCAUGAUGAUUUCGCCUACAAAUCUCACUUCCAGGAGGGAAAAUCGUGCAAAGUCGAGAAGGACGGACAGUAUGCACUUGCCUGGCAGCCAUAAGUUCUUGUAUUUUGUUUUUACUGGUUUCAGCGACUUUUUGACGAUCUUCUUUUACCCUAUCUCAAUAUUUGUAUACCCCCCGCAACUAUUGGUUCAAUUUGGCACAUUUUUGUAUAAAAGAAUUUUUAAAAAGUUUUUCGAUUUGAAAUGUAUUCAUUGAUGGUUUGGUUGAAAUAUGUAGGUAUGAAACUUCAAGCAGAA